UUGGGCCACCUACAGCGAGUUUGGGGUUGGCGCUAGCCGAUUCGUUAGAGCAACUCCUGUGGCCCAGCCGGGCGCUAGUACCGCCCCCUCCCCCACCCAAGCCGAUGGGGCAGGCUCGGCGGCGGUAGCGCAGGCCGCCUCGCGCGCGGUUGGGUGCUGUCGUUGCCGCGCGCGCCCCCAAGAUGGCGUGUGUGCUAGAGACGCCGCUCCGCAUGAGCGUCCUUUCGGAAGUAACUGCUAGCAGUCGCCAUUAUGUUGACAGAUUAUUUGAUCCUGAUCCCCAGAAAGUCCUUCAAGGUGUCAUAGAUAUGAAAAAUGCUGUAAUUGGAAACAACAAACAAAAAGCGAACUUGAUUGUUUUGGGAGCAGUUCCAAGGUUGCUGUAUUUACUUCAGCAAGAAACCUCCAGCACGGAACUGAGAACUGAAUGUGCAGUAGUGCUAGGAAGCCUUGCGAUGGGUACAGAAAACAAUGUCAAAUCUCUACUAGACUGCCAUAUUAUCCCAGCCUUAUUGCAAGGAUUGCUAUCACCAGAACUGAAGUUUAUUGAAGCUUGCCUACGAUGUCUUCGUACCAUUUUUACCAGCCCAGUAACUCCAGAGGAACUAUUGUAUACAGAUGCUACAGUUAUCCCCCACCUCAUGGCACUGCUUAGUAGGUCUCGAUAUACACAAGAAUACAUAUGUCAGAUCUUCUCACAUUGCUGCAAACUUCGACACUGGCAUAGCUGCGGCUUUAAAUCGUCGCCUCAGCCACUUCUGUGUGCCAAUGGUCCAGAUCAUCAGACAAUCUUGUUUAACCAUGGAGCAGUUCAGAAUAUUGCUCACCUAUUAAGUUCCACGUCCUACAAAGUUCGAAUGCAAGCAUUGAAAUGCUUCUCAGUUCUAGCCUUUGAAAACCCCCAGGUAUCAAUGACUCUUGUAAAUGUUUUGGUUGAUGGAGAAUUAUUACCACAGAUUUUUGUGAAGAUGUUACAAAGGGACAAGCCUAUUGAAAUGCAGCUCACAUCAGCCAAAUGCCUUACUUACAUGUGCAGAGCAGGAGCAAUCCAGACAGAUGAUAACUGCAUUGUUUUAAAGGCACUGCCAAGUUUGGUUCGGAUGUGUAGUAAGGAAAGAUUGCUGGAAGAACGAGUAGAAGGAGCCGAAACACUUGCCUAUCUAAUUGAAACAGAUGUUGAGCUCCAGAGGAUCGCCAGUAUUACAGACCAUCUUAUUGCAAUGCUUUCUGACUACUUCAAGUAUCCCAGCUCAGUCAGUGCAAUCACUGAUAUCAAAAGGCUUGACCAUGAUUUAAAGCAUGCUCACGAACUGCGCCAGGCUGCGUUCAAGUUGUAUGCUUCACUUGGAGCAAAUGAUGAAGACAUCCGGAAGAAGAUCAUUGAGACUGAAAAUAUGAUGGACCGAAUUGUGAAUGGCUUGUCUGAGUCUAGUAUCAAGGUGCGGCUAUCUGCAGUCAGAUGUUUGCACAGUUUGUCCCGGUCUGUGCAGCAGCUACGGACGAGUUUCCAGGAUCAUGCCGUAUGGAAACCCUUAAUGAAGGUUUUACAGAAUGCUCCAGAUGAAGUCCUGGUGGUAGCAUCUUCCACACUAUGCAACCUACUCCUUGAAUUCUCCCCAAGCAAAGAGCCUAUUUUAGAAUCAGGAGCCAUAGAACUUCUAUGUAGUUUAACCCAGAGUGAAAAUCUUGCUUUGCGAGUGAAUGGCAUUUGGGCUUUAAUGAACAUGGCAUUUCAAGCAGAACAAAAGAUCAAAGCAGACAUCUUACAAGGUUUGAGUACAGAACAAUUAUUCCAGUUACUCUCUGAUUCAGAUGUAAACGUGCUAAUGAAAACUUUGGGACUGCUCAGAAAUCUUCUGUCUACUCGCCCACAUAUAGACCAGAUAAUGAGCACCCAUGGAAAGCAGAUCAUGCAAGCAGUGACUCUUAUUUUGGAAGGGGAGCACAAUAUCGAGGUCAAGGAGCAGACAUUAUGUAUACUUGCCAACAUAGCGGAUGGAACAACAGCAAAAGAACUCAUUAUGACCAAUGAUGACAUCUUGCAGAAAAUUAAGUAUUACAUGAGUCAUUCGAAUGCUAAACUUCAGCUUGCUGCCAUGUUUUGCAUAUCUAAUCUCAUAUGGAAUGAAGAAGAAGGUUCACAAGAACGCCAAGAUAAACUACGAGAUAUCGGAAUUGUAGAUAUUCUACACAAACUGAGUCAGUCAUCAGAUCCAAAUCUUUGUGACAAGGCGAAGACAGCACUCCAGCAGUAUCUUGCAUGAUCAAAGACUGAGUGAAUCUUUGGACACCCCUCGUGUGUUUAAGGACUAAAAGGAAAUAGCCUCAACUGAUUCCUUAUAUUUGCACAAGUCACCUUGGGCUGCAUUUCUCUCAGGUGCAGGGAGCUGCUUUGCAGAAACAGUUUAGGUGAUCAGGUCUUCAAUGCACUUGAACUUUCUUGAGGUAGUUCUUUACUCAGAGGACUAUUGUGGGGGGGGGUCAUUUUUGUGCUUUUUCCUGAGCUACCUGGACUCUAAUAGAACAAUCAAUCAUCAUUUUUUUUGGGCCUACAAUUUUCUGCUUUUGCUGCAGCCUGCCUGUGUGUUUGGGUGUGUGUGUGAGUGUGAUACCUCAGAAUUUUGUUUUCCUUUUUGUGUGAAAAUCUUUUUCUACACAUUUUCAAGGGUUAACCAUUGUUUGCUGUAUGAAUAAUUAAUUAUAUACAGUUUGAAUGAAAUGUUAUUUAAAAAAACACACUGUAUCCCAUAAAGUUUAUUUUGAAUUUUGAACAGAUGAAUGUUUUUAAGUAAAACAUAUGCAUUUCUGAACCUAAGCUUAACUUAUAUUCCUUUUUGAAGAGAAAAAUUGAGGAAUACAGUAGACUCAAAUAACAGCCAGCACAUUCUGUGCUAUGAAAAAAAUCGAAGAGAUAGCAUUUUACUGCCCCGCAAUCAACAGGUACUGAUGUCAUUUUCAGCUCAGCAGAAUGGGUCAAAAGGAUUGUUUGGGGUUUCUAAAUUUUUAGAAGACAAGGGUAGACUCUCACUCUCACCAAUUGUAUAAGUGUUGUAUUGAUCUUCUGCCAAAAAGAAAUAGGUGGAUGUAAUAUCAGCACUGGCUUGGGGGAAUGAGCUUAUUGCUAUGACAUCCAAGAUCUUGCUGAGAUUAUUGCUGAAAGAUUGGCUUGUCUCAGUGAUAAGGAACACCAGCUGACUGUGACACCAAGAUACGUCAAACAGGUAGCAGCACGUUGCAAGACUUGUACUUUCAAGAUACCAAGAGGGCCUGGCGAGUUACGGCUUAAGGGACUUGUUUGGUCAUACCUGUACCUCCAGAUUCAGUUCACUGCUAUAUAAAAUAUUUCUCCAUAAUAUUAGCUUAAUAGGUUAGAUUACAGGAGAAUGGGCACAUUAUUAGAAAAUUAUCUCCCAGUGACAUUGCUAUAGUAAUAGCAAUAUAUAUACAGACAUAUCCAGGAAUUCAUAUACAUGGAUAAUAGCCCAGAUUUUACUGCAUUUAAAGGAUCAGGUUAUCAAAACCUGGCCUCUGUCUGUGUGCCUACAAUUUGUGGGCACCUAAAAUUGUGGCUUUAGUUAUUUGUAGAAACAGCAUUUACCUUCCUCAUUGCAGUCAGAUACUUGGACUAUUAAAAAGCUGAAAUUAUGACUGACUAAAUUAUGAUGAAAUAUUGUGUCUGCAAGAAUUCAUAUCCACUCAAUUGUGGGCAGGGAAAGGGAAAACCAUUUAAGAUUAUGCUGAAAAUCGGACCCUACAUUAUUACUGAAUUCAGCUUCAGGAGUUAAACAUGUGUAGAAAGAAAUGAGUGCAGCAAGAAGCUCUCCCAGACGGCAAUUCAGAGUUACUACUUUCCUCUUGCAGUACAUUUACCACCUGCUUCCUGGUUUUCAGUUUAGGGAAUGGCGUUAAUAAAGUCAAAAUCCCCACACGCUAUGUCUACUUAGCACUAAAGGGCAAACUGAAGAAUUCAACUCUACCUUAAAAAUCUCCUUUUGCAGUUUGAGCUUCAGGUCGAAAGGACAGGACUGUAACUUGACUAACCAGUUUUCAAAAAUGUAAUCUCAAACCUUUAUCCUUUAUUUCUAAGCAGUGUCAGAUUAUAAUUGCCUUACUUUUCUGAGUGGUCCUAUUAAUUUAAUGGAAAAUAUUUGUGUGAGCGAAAGGUGAUCACAGUUUGGCCCAGAGUUUGAAUGUUAUGUAUUGUAGCACUGUUACCAUUUGGUUGCAAAGGAAAAUACAAUUUUGCAUAAGUUUAAUGUAAUUGUUUUCCCACUCUGAAAAUCAUAUAAAAGUGAGCACCUAACAUUUUUUCCAAUGUGGACAUGGCAAUAAGUGAGUGGCCAUUUCUUAUUAUUGCUAAAAGUCUUUGGUAAUGGAUCUACACAGAGAGGCAAGUAUGAAUAUGUGAGAACCUGAUAAAUAUCUAGUAUCUCAGAAAUGAAAGCCUUAUUUAAAAAGUAAAAUGAACCAUAGUUUUGGUAGCACUGAGAAAACACUUCCUUGGUUAAACUUUAUAUAUACAUGGGGGCUAAAUUUUGAAAAUAGCCUGAGCUUGAACUCUAAAUUUACACUCCUGAUAUUUUGUGCGCAUAUUUUCAUGUGCUCAAGCUUUUGCAUGUCCGUCUAUUCACAUCUGCAAAUCUGAGUUUGUGUUCAAAAAAUUGGAUGACUACAAUUGAAAAAAAAAAUUGUGCAAAUUUAGGUGUGCAUGUUUAGAGACUUUUUUUUUUAAAUGUGGCCCUAAAUGUACCAGAAAACUUAAAAAUGAUGCUCAGACAAUCUGGAUACUGCAUGGGGAAAAAGUCAACAUUUUCCAUAAUAGCAAGCUGAUAGGUCAAAUGUCCAAUGAAAUAACAUUUUUACAUUCAGUUAAGCUUUGUGAAUAAUUUUUGAUGUUGCUGUAGGUAUGUACAAAUAGAAAACAUAAAUACUGUAAAUAAAUAUAAAGUACUUUACCAGAAUACGUUGCUUCUACUGAACUUUAUGAAGAAAAUAUGUAUUUAAAAUCUUGACUCGAUGUUUUUUGCUCUACAAACUUUCAGAUUUUACUUGGAGAUUUAUACAACACAGAGAGGACAACAGAAAAUAAUCCUGUACAAAUUAGCCAAACCCUACUGGCUUUACUCAGGUAAGGCGUCCCAAUAAGACAAGGGAUUCCUUGCAAGAGUAAGACCAGCAAGAUUUGUUCCAUCAUAGUUUUUCUUCUGCCUUUAAUUCUGCAUCACUCUCUUUCUUCUGGGUCUCCCCCUUCACAGUCGUCCCUGAUUCCAGUCAUGUAUUUAUAUGAUGAUGAUUAAUUGAGUCAGGUGAGCAACUCAGUAAAUCAUAGAAAUUGUUUUGUUUGAUUUGUGGCCCUUUUCUGUUUUCCACAAAUAUUUUAUGUCCUAAUCUUUCAGCUCCAUCUACCUGGCUGGUCAUUGCACCUGUAUGAAGUGCCACUGAAGUUAGUGUGGCUGUGGUGGAACGGGUAUUGAGACACAUGGGUGGAGGUGUAGAAGUGGGGUCCUUGCAAACACAUGCACGAGCAGGAUUGUUCAUAAGUCACCAUGAAUUUUAAACAUAUAUUAG